UAUUGAAGAAUUGGAGGAUUUUUUAACAAAAUGGAAUAGAAAUGACAAGAAUUGUAUGUUGAUGUCUGAUAAAUUAAUGGAAUAUCAUAUGAAGCUACUUUUAAACUUAACAAAAGUUUAUCGAUAUCUUUACAAUCAUUAUUUAAAAAAUGAUGGCAACAAUAAUAAUAAAAAAUUAGAGGAAAAAUUAAUAAAUAUGAAUUUUUAUCUAUUAAGUGAAGUAUGCUUAUUUGCAUCAGCUGAAGAUGCCGAUUUAAAAAAGAAUGAUGCAGAAGAACAAAAUCACAACGCAAUUGUGUACAAAAUGACUGUACCAUUUCGAGGAUUAUAUGUAUUUAAAGAAGUUGUACGAUCACAAUUACCAACUAGUCAAAUCAAUAUAACGCUGAUGCAAAGUUUAAAUAAUUUACACGAAUAUAUCAUGGAAGCAGGUUUACAUAUGUUACCGGAAUUAGAUUUGGACGCCCUUUUGGCCGAAUUUAACUAA